CUUUCUGGCCACUCUCACCAGUCCCCAAUCCAGGCGAUGAGGAGAGGCACGAGGCCCCGGAUGGGCGACCGGGCGACGAGCGACGUGGUGGUGCGGCUGCGGACGCCGGAGGGCCGCGACGAGUGGCUCUACUGCCACUCCGCCGUCCUCGCCGCCGGGAGCAAGUACUUCGCCGACCGCCUCUCCGACGCCUGGCCCACCUGCCAGAUCCUCGACUCCCGCUACUGCGUCGAGGUCCACUGCGCCGAGCCGGACCUCAGCUCGCACGUCACCGCGCUCCGCCUCCUCUACGCCGACGAGCCCGUCUCCCGCUUCGGCGUCCGCGGCGCGCUCGCCUUGCUCCAGGCCGCCGAGCACCUCGGCUGCCCCCGGAUCGCCGCCGCCUGCGCCGACUACAUCGAGUCCGCGCCCUGGGACGAGGCCGACGAGGAAGAGAUCCUCGCCGCCGCCCCGUUCCUCGCCCCGCAGCACGGCCGCCUCCUCGCGCGCCUCCGCCCGAUCGAUCCGGCGCCGGCGGCCGGCAUCUUCCUCUCGGCUUUCCGGCACGCGACGUCCGCGGCGGCGCCGCGGGAGCUCAAGUCUGCCGCCCAGGAGCAGCUGGAGUACAUGCUGACCGAAGACGACGACGCGCCGUUGCUAGCCUUCGACGACGACAGCGUCAAGUCUCAGGUGAAGGAUUGCGUCACAGGUUUACUGAACAGGUUCAGUGAUUUCGUGAGCUCUGCACUGACGAAACAGAAAGAGGCGCCAUGUUCCGGUGGUGACGACGGCGAACCUCAGCAGGAGCUGCAUUCUUUCAUCUCUGAUAUCUCCUGGGUCUGCCAGGUCUUGAGCAAGCUCGAGAUGAUGAAAUACCUUGUGAUCUACUGGCUGGGGGCAUCGUCUCAUGUGGUCGAAGUCGUCGAGGCAGCGUGCCCGGGGUUCGAUUGCCUGAAGACCAGGCUGAAGGUGAUAGAGAUAUCUGCAAAGGUUCUGGAGGCAGCUGCUUUCAGCAACAUCGUCCUGCCGGCAGAGAAACGGUGUCACGCUGUAAACGUCUGGAUCAGGUUUGCAGGGAGAACAAAGGCUUUGGUUGAUCAAGCCGAUGUCGGUGACGGUGAUGCUGAAACACCGAAGAUCGGCUUGGACGGUGAGGUCUGGCAGGGGCUGGAAUCGGCUAUCGUUUCGAUCGUGCUGACGCUGCCGUCAAACACCCAAGCAGAGAUCUUGUCAGAGUGGCUUCAGUCAAAACAUGCUUGUUUCCCCGACCUGACGGAGGCGUUUGAUACCUGGUGCUAUAGAUCGAAGGUUGCACGAACCAGGCUCUCUUUCUUGAACAACAUCAAUGAGGCACCUUGACACUGACCUGUGCAACCAAAAUCCAAUACUGUGGAGAAAAUACUUCAUGGUGAUCCCAGCACUGAGCACGUGCCAUUCUUGGAAAUGGAAUUCACCAAUGGACAGGAAAUCCUAUUGCUUUGCUAUAUGAUCGCAUUGUCAUCGUCUUCGGAAUUGCUCCAGGAUCUCCUUAUAAACUCACAUUUAGCAUAGUCUGAUCGAAAUCUUUGGACAUACCAGAACUGAUGGAAUGAGCAAGCUCAAUGUCGUGCCAUUUUGUCUUGUCGAGCUCUAGCGACUCAACACAUGCAAUGCCAGCUUUGGUGUAUGCUGCGAAACUGGAGCUGGCACCAGAAAGUGCUACAAAUGACUGAAGGAACUCGGAGAACGGCUGAUCUUUGAGAGAGAUCAAAACAUCUGACAAGAAACCCCAUGGUACUGGUAUCUUUUUUUUCAUUCUUGUGCAUUUUGGAUCAGGAGCCCUUUGUUGUGUGGUUCCGGUGGCGGAGGUUUCAGUUUGGAAAAUGUGAAGCUCGCGAGUAAAUGUCUGGUUUUGUUUUCUGCGAUUACAGGGAACAUGUCGUCUCAACCGUCCUUCUGUAUUGGCUGUUUUGGAUCAGUUCCGAUGCGACAACGUAUAAAAUGUUUACCUCGUGCUUUGAGAAAUAACAGCGCCCAUGGCCUAAUGGAUAAGGCGUCUGACUUCUAA